AUGAAAUCACUGUUCAACCGUAACCCAUCGUCGUCAUCAACGCCAUCACGAUCAACCUCACUCUCCGUGCAUUCACGCGCUCGUCUCGCGGGUGAACUCGAAGAUGUGUUCAAGAAAUUCGACGUGAAUGGCGACGGCAAGAUCUCUGCCUCCGAACUCGGAUCCAUCAUGGGAAGCUUAGGCCAACCGUCAACCGAUGAGGAGCUCAACAACAUGAUCCGCGAGGUCGACGGCGACGGCGACGGUUGCAUUAGUUUGCAAGAAUUCAUUGAGUUGAACACCAAAGGCGUUGAUUCUGAUGAGAUCUUGGAGAAUCUGAAGGACGCGUUUGCUGUUUUUGAUAUGGAUGGGAACGGUUCGAUUACGGCGGAGGAGCUUAAUACGGUUAUGAGAAGCCUGGGGGAAGAGUGCUCGUUGGCGGAGUGCCGGAGAAUGAUCGGCGGCGUUGAUAGCGACGGUAAUGGGACGAUUGAUUUUGAAGAGUUUAGGAUGAUGAUGAUGAUGGGUUCUCGUCAUGACACGACGGAUAGGGUCAAACCGGAACCUAUGCCUACGGAUGAAUAA